AUGAAUAUUUUCUUUUGUUGUAUAAUAAGAGAAAAAGAAAGUAAUGAAGAUCGACCUGAAAAAAAUUAAACUUAAGAUUAAAAUAUUAAGAAACCAGAUUAAAGUACCCAUAAGUUAAUAACUCAAUAAGUCAUCUAAAAUAAAAAUUUAGGAAUUCAAAAUCAAUAGAAUUUUUAAGAAAGGAAUUCAAUAACAAGUUGGAAUUAAGAUUGUAUAAAUAAUGGAUUUGAUAAACUUUAAAUUUAAUCGUCAAAUUUUAAUAAUCUAAUAAUAUUUAUUAACAUCUUGUGUUAUUAUAGCGAAGAUAGUAUAAAAUAUAAUUGGAAUUAACCAAAUCAAUAUGAAUGUGAAGUUAAAUUGUACUAAACUGAAUAUGAUGAAAAUAACAAUCCAAAAUUUAGAUUCAACGAAGGAAAGUUUUUGAUUAAUUUAAAAGAAAAGACAUUUAAUCUAAUAAAAAGUGGAAUUUGCUUUUAAGAAUAAUCAAAUUUUAUAAAUCAAGACUUUGGGGAAGAUACUAUUUAAAAAAAUAGAAUUUAAGAAAACAAGAAUCAAUAAAUAAAGAUAUUAGAUCCAGAAACAAAUGAAUAAUUAAAUAAAUCUAAUAGAGAUAAUUACGAAUAUAUUUGCCAAUAAUAGUAAAAUAUACAAAUUUGGUGUAAAUACAAUUAGUAAUUUUCAAUUAAUGAUUUGAAUAUAUUGACAAAUAAGUUAUGGAUGACAAGUAGUAUCAUUGAUAGUUAUGUUCUGUAUCUUAACUUAUCUAGUGAUAACAAAUAUUUUUCAUUAAAGUAAACAGAAAGAAAAAACAAAAAAAGAAUUUUAUUUUUUCCAUCAAGUUUAACAACUAAUUUUGGAGAUGAUUAUGAUAUUAAAAAGGUAAGAUAUUUAUUUGAAUCAGAAAAACCUCAAUUUAAGGACAUAAAUUUUUAACUCUCAUUAUUGUAUCAUUAUAUUGGAUUCCCAGUCAAUAAAAAAAAUCGUCAUUGGCUAUUUCUAUUAUUUGAAUUAAGUUCUAAAAAAGUGUUUAUUUUUGAUUCUUUGCAUAGAUCGAAGUAAGAUAACAAAUUAAUAAAUUCAAUUGCUUAAAUUCUCAAUUUAAAUGAAAUUCAAAUUAAUGUACAUCCACAUUCUGGAUAAUAAAGAGACUAUUACUCAUGUGGGUAUCGUGUUUGUAGUUUUAUGAAAUACUAUUACGAAAAAUAAUUUUAAGAGAAUGUUUAAUAUAAAUAUAAAGAAGACGAUAUGAUUGGUAUAUUAAAAGAUGUAAUAAAUCCUUCAUGA